AUGCUAUCUUUGGUCAAAGCUGUAUCAUUGAUUGUUCCUCUUGUAUCUCUUGUCGUGUACCAAGCAGCCAGCAAGCCAAGUUUUCUCAGUCUCCCGUGUGCCGUGGUGGGAUUCGACUGUCCUUCUCAUAUUCCGGUGCAUGGCUUUGUAGAUGACGAAUAUAAAGAAGUGUACGACCUUUUUGUGGAUAACAUCAAGCAGGGUCAUGAAGUGGGUGCUAGCCUCACUGCUUACGUUGACGGAAAGCAGGUCAUCAGUCUUCAAGGUGGCUGGCAAGACGUCGAGAACAAGAUUGAGUAUACAAACAAUACUUUGCAGAUGGUCUUUUCGUCCACAAAAGUCCUGGCUGCUAUUAUCAUUGCUCAACUGGUGGAUCAAGGACUACUGUCUUACGAUGAACGCAUCGCAACGUAUUGGCCCGAGUUUGCUCAAAACAACAAGGAGAAUGUUACCCUGAUGGAUCUGAUGAGACACACAGCUGGUGUGGGUGCAUUGGACACUCCCAUUUCUUUGGCCAAUGUCACUGACUAUGCUACCUUUACCAAAAUCUUGGCCGAGCAGCCUCACAACUUUGGCGGCAUCCCAACACAUGCUUACCAUGCCAUCACGCAAGGAUGGUAUCAGAAUGAGAUUAUUCGUCGUGUCGAUCCUCAGCACCGCACCAUUGAUGAUUUUGCCCGAGAAUUCAAGGAUAAAUAUGGUUCAGAGUGGUACUUGAAGCCAGAUGCUACCGAGGGCGUAGAUCUUUCUCGCAUUGCUCCUUUUUACUCAAGACCUUCUUACCAAAAGUUGAUUGGUCUCGCUACUGCCGUCUUGAAUCCUUUUACUGACAAGACCUUUCUCAAAGCUCUAUUUGACAAGAACAGCCUAUUCACAAAGACAAUUAUUCAUGCAAAUAUCGGUCAGAAGAAGGGUAUUAUGAACAAUCGUGAUCCUGAAACACGAGCCAUUGAAGGACCCUCCUAUUCCGGUCAUACAAAUGCGGAUUCUAUGGCUAAACUUGCAGCAAUGAUGGCAAACAGAGGCAAGGCCAUUGUCGAAGGGGAGCCUGAUCUUUUUAUCAACGAUUCUACCUACCAAGAAGCUACUGCUUUUGUUGCCAGUGAGGUAGAUGCUGUGUUUCCUCAAAUUGUAAUUCACAAUCAACGUGGUGGAUUCAUGGCUUUCCCAAACGAGGGCUUUUUUGACUUAUCUGACAAGGAAACUCAAUUUGUAGGUGGUGCAGGUGCAGGAGGAUCUCUGUUCGUUUGGAAUGAAAAGUAUAAUAUUGCAUUUGCUUAUGCCAUGAAUGGAUACAAUGACAACAUUGAUACGGAUAGAAGGACAAAGCUGGUUGUCAAAGCAAUUUUUGAAAAGGUCAAGAAGCAAAAGAAUCUGAAAUAA